CUUGUGCGCGCCUAUAAGAGUAAUAUAAUCAUCAAGCUAUGAUUACCCACUUUUAUGCGAUUUCUUCAACGCUCUAUACCAUCUUAACUCGUGAGUCGUAACAUAUUGUCAUCGUCGGCAUUGGAGAUUGCCAAAAAACCACAGCGGUUGACACACUUUACGAGACGAGUAAGGCGUUAGGGUUCUCUACGGUUUAUAAUCUUCAUCGAGCUCUAACUGACACGCCACGACAAGGGCUGGUAGUUCAUUAGAAAGAGAUACGAGACAAAUCGAUUCCUAUGAUGUGUUCUGCCUCGACCGGUGUGGAUAUAUCUGCGACUUUCAAAGUUAUAGAACAUAAAUUCCUUGGUCAGCAUAUCCGCGAGUAUCCUAGAGCUACGACUACCAGUCAAGAGGACCCGCUUUCGAUCAUAGCGAAGCAAUACGUGCCGUGGGAUAACCUCGACCCAUCCCCGGGAGCUAUAAGUAUCAUUUCCGCUCAUGCCAAUGGAAUACCGAAGGAGGUCUACGAACCGUUAUGGGUGGAGAUCUACCAAGCAGCCAAGAAAAUGGGAUUGCAGCUACGGGGGAUAUGGAUAGCAGAUGCCGCCCAUCAGGGUGCAAGCGGGAUCCUCAAUGAAGAAAAGCUAGGGAACGACCCUUCCGCGUUCGACCACAGUCGCGAUCUUAUUCUGAUGAUCAACCAACUGCGAGACAAGCUCCCACGGCCUAUAUUCGGUAUAGGACACAGCAUGGGUGCAACCCAGUUGAUGAACAUAUCCCUCAUGCACCCCAGGAUCUUCCAAGGCCUUUGCUUGGUGGAACCAAUUGUGUUCCCUUACUCCGCGAAAGACCAAGGCAGAUAUCCCCCAGCGCAAGCAUCCAUGCGUCGCAGAGAGAGCUUCGACAGUCUAGACGCGGCAAGAUCGCAGUUUCGAAACAGCUCUACAUUUCAAAAAUGGGACUCACGAGCAUUUGACAAAUGGAUUAAAUACGGACUCCGUCGUGCUCCUGGGGAUCGCACAGGGAGAGUCAUAUUAACAACGACGAAGAGCCAAGAACUAUUUACCUUUGUUCGACCAACCUUUAUUUCAAAGUCCCCGGCAGACCGACGCCUGGCUUUCCCAGAUUUAUCCUUAGAAGCGCCUUCUGAUGUCCUCUUUUACCGCCCGGAACCGGUGAUUACAUUCCACAACCUUCCACAUUUGCGGCCAUCAGCACUAUAUAUCUUCGGCGGUCUCUCGCAGUUUAUAAGCCGUCAACUGCGGGACUCUAUUGCACACAGAACUGGAGUUGGCAUCGGUGGAAGUGGGGGGUCAACAAAAGGCCAAGUCAAGCAUAUCGUUGUGCGGGAUACUGGGCACUUUGGACCGAUGGAGGAUCCUAGGACUUUGGCCGAAAAGACUGUCGACUGGCUCAAGGCAGAAGUUGAGCAAUGGGCAUUUUUGGAACAAUCAAGUCUUCUGAACUCGAACAGUCAGGUUAGUCAGGAGUUUCUGAGCUCCUUGGCAGUCAGCCACCAGGCAGGCGAGCAAGAAUGUCGCCAUCACAAGCUGUGACGAAAGAACGGUGAGAAUGAGUUUCGCCUGUCCAUUGCCACAUAAAUAGAAGCUCUUUCCGCUAUUUCCACGGUAGCACUAAACACAGUCCCCAUUUGUACUACACGCUGAGGUCGGAGACUGUUCGAAUAUAAUCAGUCUGUCUUUGACCCUCAACUAAAUCUUGGGGCUGUCUCCUGCUUGGUGAUGGAGGCAUUC